AUGGAAAAUAAUCAUACUACUAAUGGUAUAGAAGAUGUUUUGGGAGAACUUCCUAAUUUUCCUGAAAUGGAUAGAAAAUCAUUUUAUAGAAAAGAUUCUAUUAUUCCAGUUAUAGGAAAAGAGGGACAUCGUAUUGAAAGAAAUAUAUAUGAAGGAUCAAAUUUAGCUGUUUUUACAUCAGGUGGUGAUGCACCAGGAAUGAAUGCUGCUGUACGUUCUGUUGUCAGGAUGGGUAUUUAUUUAGGAUGUAAAGUUUAUUUUAUAUAUGAAGGAUAUCAAGGUAUGGUAGAUGGUGAUGAGUAUAUUAAAGAAGCUACAUGGAAUUCAGUUUCUGAUAUCAUUCAAAAAGGUGGUACAAUUAUAGGUUCAGCUAGAUGUAAAGAAUUUAGAACAAAAGAAGGAAGAUUAAAAGCUUGUUACAAUUUAAUUAAAAGAAAUAUUACAAAUUUAGUAUGUAUUGGUGGUGAUGGAUCAUUGACAGGAGCCAAUACUUUUAGAAUUGAAUGGCCUGAUUUAAUUAAAGAACUUUUAAAUGAUAAUAAAAUUACUCCUGAAGAAGCUUCAUUAAAUCAAAAUAUUCAAAUUGUUGGUCUUGUUGGUUCAAUUGACAAUGAUUUUUGUGGAACUGAUAUGACUAUUGGAACUGAUACAGCUCUUCAAAGAAUAAUAGAAGCUACUGAUUCUGUAGUUUCAACAGCUCAGUCACAUCAACGUGCUUUUGUAAUUGAGGUAAUGGGAAGACAUUGUGGAUACCUUGCUUUAGUUGCAUCACUAGCAUCUGAAGCUGAUUUUUGUUUUAUUCCUGAAUGGCCUCCAACUGUAAAUUGGCGUGAUGUUUUGUGUAAAAAAUUAGCUCAAAUGAGAAGUGAUGGGCAACGUCUUAAUAUUAUUAUAGUUGCAGAGGGUGCUAUAGAUUUAUCUGGUCAACCAAUAACUGCAGAUAUGAUAAAAGAUGUUGUAAAAGAAAAUUUAAAAUAUGACAUUAGGACAACUGUUUUAGGUCAUGUUCAAAGAGGUGGAAAUCCUUCUGCAUUUGAUAGAUUACUUGGAACAAGAAUGGGUGCUGAAGCUGUCUUAGCUUUAAUGGAAAUGACACCUGAAAGUCAUCCAAGUGUUAUUUCAAUUGAUGGUAAUCAAAUUGUAAGAGUUCCUUUAAUGAAAUGUGUUGAAAGAACACAAGCUGUACAAAAAGCUAUGGAUGAAAAAAAUUUUAGUCGAGCUGUUGAACUUCGUGGACGAUCAUUUCAACGUAAUCUUGAAACUUAUCGUUUACUUACAAAACUUCGUACUCCAAAAAUUAAAAAUCAUAAUUUAGAAAAUGAUUUACCAACUUUUAAUAUUGCUGUUAUAAAUAUUGGUGCACCAGCUGGUGGUAUGAAUGCUGCUGUUAGAUCCUGUGUUAGAAUGGGUCUUUAUAAUCAUUGUAAAGUUUUUACUAUUCAUGAUAGUUUUGAAGGAUUAGCUAAAGGUGAUUUUAAAGAAAUGAAAUGGAGUGAUGUUAGUGGUUGGGUAAUGCAUGGUGGUAGUUUUCUUGGAACUCAAAAACAAUUACCUAAUGAAAAUAAUCUUCAUAAAAUUAAUGAACAACUUGGAAAAUAUAAUAUUCAUUCAUUAAUAAUGAUUGGUGGUUUUGAAGCAUAUAAUUCUGCCAUUAUUCUUCAACAAGCUCGUGAAAAAUAUCCAAAUUUACGUAUACCAUUAUGUGUUAUUCCUUGUACUAUUAGUAAUAAUGUACCAGGUACAAGUUUUUCACUUGGAAGUGACACUUCAAUUAAUCAAGUUUGUGAAUUUAUUGAUAAAAUUAAACAAAGUGCAACAGGAACUAAACGUAGAGUUUUUAUAAUUGAAACAAUGGGAGGAUAUUGUGGUUAUUUAGCUACAUUAACAGCUUUAGCUUCUGGUGCUGAUAAUGCAUAUAUAUAUGAAGAAAAUUUUGAUAUUAAUGAUAUAAAAGAAGAUUGUGAAGUUAUAAAACAUAAAAUGGAAUCAGGAAUUCAAAGAUACUUAAUUGUUAGAAAUGAAAAAGCAAACCAAAAUUAUACAACAGAAUUUGUAAUGAGACUUUUUAAUGAGGAAGGAAAAGGUGUAUUUUCAACAAGAGUUAAUGUAUUGGGACACGCCCAACAAGGUGGUAAUAGUUCUGUAUUUGAUAGAAAUAUGGGUACAAAACUUGCUGCUAAAGCAGUCGAUUAUGUUUUAUCACAAAUGAAAGAAACUAUUGACAUUGAAAAAAAUGAAAAAAAUGCUAUUGCAGAUAGUACAUGUACAUUAUUAGGUUUACGUGGAAGAAGAUAUGAAUUUACACCAGUAACUGAAUUAAUUAAAGAAACCGAUUUUAAUGUUAGAUUACCAAAGAAUCAAUGGUGGUUAAAACUUAGGCCACUUCUUAGAAUUUUAGCUAAGCAUAAUAGUAGUUAUGUAGUUGAAGCAGAGGAAGAUAGUGACUCUGAAGAUUCAAAGAAAUUAUAA